GCAUGCUCAUGGACCAUGUUGACAGGACAAGACGCUGAAACCGUUGGCAGAAAGCUAAAGUCAAUAGCGAAGGCAAGUGAACACGGCCUGCAGAGCCCAGCAGGGAGGCUGCCGACAGGUGGCCCUUUGUCAGAGGCAGGAGACCCUCGGUCCAGAAGCUCGGAAGCAGCUGUGCCUUCAGGAUGCCUACCUCAACAAUAUGAAAAUGUCUUCUUCAGAGGUGGGGAUGUGACCGCCAUGUACACCCUGAGCGCCCAUCACUGCCAGGUGAUGUGCACCUUCCACCCCAGGUGUUUGUCAUUCAGUUUUCUCCCUGCAAGUAUAACUAACGGCACAGAUAAAAGGUUUGGUUGCUUCUUGAAAGACAGUGUUACAGGAGCUCUGCCAAGAGUGCCACGGAGAAGUGCCAUUUCUGGACAUUCCUUAAAGCAAUGUGGUCAUCGAAUAAGUGCUUGCCACAGAGACAUUUAUGAAGGAAUUGAUAUGAGAGGAGUCAAUUUUAAUGUGUCUAAAGUUGAAAGUGUUGAAGAAUGCCAAAAAAGGUGCACCAAUAACAUUCACUGCAAAUUUUUCACCUACGCCAGGCAAACAUUUCACAAUGUGGAGUACCGGAACAGCUGCCUAUUAAAGCACAGUUCAACUGGAACACCGACCAGUAUAAAGGUGCUGAAAAACGUGGCAUCUGGAUUCUCCCUGAAGUCCUGUGCACUCUCAGAAAUUGCACCUUCCCUCUGUGAGUUCACAGGCUGCCACAUGAACAUGUUCCAACAUACGGCAUUUUCGGAUGUGGACGUUGCCAGAGUCAUCACUCCAGAUGCUUUUGUCUGUCGAACCAUUUGCACCUAUCACCCCAACUGCCUCUUCUUCACUUUCUAUACCAAUGCCUGGAAUGUAGAAUCGCAAAGAAAUGUGUGUUUACUUAAGACUUCCAAAAGCGGGACACCAAGUUCCCCGACUCCUCAGGAAGACACCGUGUCUGGAUAUAGCCUUCUAACCUGCAAACGAACUUUGCCUGAGCCCUGCCAUUCAAAAAUUUAUGCAGGAGUUGAUUUUGGAGGGGAAGAAUUGAGUGUGUCCCUCGUUAAAGGAGCCAGAGGUUGCCAGGAGACCUGUACGAAGAUGGUGCGCUGUCAGUUUUUCACGUACUCUUUACUCCCAGAAGACUGUCAAGGAGACAAGUGUAAGUGUUCCUUACGAUUAUCUUUGGAUGGCUCUCCGACUAGAAUCACAUAUGGGAUGCAAGCGAGCUCUGGCUAUUCUUUGAGGUUGUGUCGAAGUGGGGAUAGCUCCGUGUGCACGACAAAACCCAGCGGACGCAUUGUGGGAGGAACCAAUUCCUCUUGGGGUGAGUGGCCCUGGCAGGUCAGCCUUCACGUGAAGUUGGCAGCCCAGAGCCACGUGUGUGGAGGGUCCAUCAUUGGAGACCGGUGGGUCCUCACUGCUGCCCAUUGCUUUGAUGGGCUCAACUUUGUGGAUAUUUGGCGCAUUUAUGGAGGCAUUUUAGAUUUGACAGAGAUUACAAAAGAAACACCUUUCUCACAGAUAAAAGAGAUUAUUAUUCACCACAAUUAUAGCAUCUCAGAAAAUACUAAUGAUAUUGCCUUGAUAAAGCUCGCGGCUCCUUUGAAUUAUACUGAAUUCCAAAAGCCAAUAUGCCUUCCUGCCAAACAUGAUACAAACACAAUUUAUACCAACUGUUGGAUAACGGGAUGGGGCUACACAAAGGAGCGAGGUGAAGUCCAAAAUAUCCUUCAAAAGGCAAAUAUUCCUUUGGUUACAAAUGAAGAAUGCCAGAAAAGAUAUAGAGAUUAUGAAAUAACCAAAAAGAUGAUCUGUGCUGGCUAUAAAGAAGGGGGAAAAGAUGCUUGUAAGGGAGAUUCAGGUGGCCCUUUAGUUUGUAAACACCAUGGAAUAUGGCUUUUGGUGGGCAUCACCAGUUGGGGUGAAGGCUGUGGCCGCAAGGAACAACCAGGUGUCUACACUAAAGUUGCUGAGUACGCGGACUGGAUUUUAGAAAAAACACGGGGAAGUGAUGGACAGUCUCUGAUGAAGUCACCGGCGUGAGGAAGCUCCUCAGAGGUGGGAGGAGCCCAGUCUGAAGUGUAAGUUUUGCAACGUGGGUUUCAUUCAAACACUGAGCCUUGGGGCUCUGAUCUGCAGAACCGUGAGCGUGGUAUCUACCUCGCGUCCCUGCCACGGGGAUAAAAAGAGACACGGCAAACAACGGGGCUAAGGCUGAUGGCUCACAGAGGCAUGCUUCCAGUAUUUGCUAAUCCCACUAAUAAUGGAGAUAACACCUGAAUGUCUCCACAAUUGUUCGGUGUGAAAUAAAAUGGUGAAAGAGUGUG